GUCAUCUGUCAAAAAUUAAAUCGAACUCACAUGUGAUUUCAUCUAAACAGUAAAUAAACAAUAUAGUUUUCUUUUAUAACAAUACGGUGUUUUAUGGCGCAUUAUGUCGACACGCGAAAUACUUACUCUUCAAUUUGGCCAUUAUUCCAAUCAUAUUGGGACACAUUUCUGGAAUAUACAGGAACUUGGAUUUGAUUACACAGGCACUGAAAAAAGUGAAUGCAACAACGAUGUGUUAUAUCGGGAGGGACGUAACACCAAGGGGGAAGUCACUUAUACCCCAAGACUGCUGAUAUCUGAUUUAAAAGGUAGUUUGAGGUCCUUACCGGCGGAUGGUGGUUUGCCUGACGAAGAUAUACAGGAAGACUUUAAAUGGAAUGCUAUAGAAAAAAUACAAGAGCCAGUGGCCGAAAAGAAUGAAUAUUUAGUAGACAUUGACACGAAACCUCUUAAUGAAAUAGUUUCUAAACAAUACCAAUUAGAGGAUAAGAUUAAUACAUGGACUGAUUAUUUAUAUCCCAGGCUACAUUCAAGAACAAUCAAUACUGUCACAGAAUACCAAGGAUCUAAUGAAAGUUUCGACAUCUUCCACAGUGGACAAUCUUUAUGGAAAAAGGACUAUGGUGAAUCGUUUUCUGAUAAAAUAAGGAACUAUGUUGAAGAAUGUGACAGUAUGCAAGGUUUUCAUGUGAACUUUGACUGUAUUGAUGGAUUUGCCGGCCUUGCUCUAGGCUGUAUUGAACAUUUGUCUGAUGAAUACUCCAAAUCAAUAUUAGCUCAUCCAACAAUACCUUCUUAUUUUCCUGAUAAUAAUCCUUCUACUGAUGAGGAAAAAGAAAUAUCAAUUGGUAAAGAUACAGAGAGAUUAGUAAAUAUUGCUUUCUCAUUGAGUGAAUUGUCACAACUGGCAACACUAUUUGUUCCUCUUUGUACUGGCAGCAAAGGAUGGAGGAAACUGGGCAAGGCAUUACUAUUUGAUCAUUUAAACUAUAAGCCAGAACUGUACUACCACUCAAGUAGCAUUUUAGCAUCUGCUUUGGAUACAUUAAGUUACAAAUACAGGCUUAAGUCUAACAUUUACACAUUGUCCGAUGCUUGUGCUGAUAUGUCUGGUUAUGGAAGAAAGAUGGCAGCAGCAUCACUGAGGUUACCAUUUGCUAUACCUGAAGAUCAAUAUAUUAAUGAAUUCUUAGAACUCAAUGAAAAAUCUCUUUACACAUCAAUAACACCUAAUUGUGAAAUAGCUCCCGAUAAAAUAUUCCAACUAAUCACUAUCAGAGGAAUCGAAGAAUACUUAAUGAAAAAAGAUGAGAGAAACCCAAAAUACAGUAACAUCAAAGAAAUGUUCGAGUUGUAUUUCCAAGCAAAUCAUUUCCUUUCUGCUACAAAUGUAACGAUAUGUGAAAAACCAUUACAAGUAAAACCACCAUACCCAAAUAUAUUCUCAGAAAAGUUAAAUAAAAACGGUUUUGUUACAAAUGAGAGCAGUGGAACUAAAGUUGAGAGUUGCGCUUUGAUGGCAGGUUACCAUAAUGGCAACUUUCUGUCAAACACAAUUGAAAAUUUGAGAAAGGAAGUUGGCAGAAUAAAGUUCAAUAAACUGCACAAGUUUAGCGGAGAAGGAUGUGAAAUGGAAGAAUUUAAGGAGAGGUUAGAAACACUUGCAGAGUUCCAAAAUAAUUAUGAAGAAUGUUUAGAACUAUAAUUUUAAAAUGAUUUAACACUUUAUUCAAGUUUUUGGCCUGUUCCAAUGUUGAUUGCAGCAUAUUUUUUAAAACAAUGUAACAAAAAUUAGCAUUUAUACUAUAUU